AGUAUCUUUUGAAUACUCGUGAAGUGCACACGUUCAAAAUGAGAAUUAAAUGUUUUUGUAUAAGUUUUAUAGUUUAUUUACAAUGUUGUUAUACCAGUGCAACAUGUCCUACAAUAGUGAGUCGAAAAGACUGGGAUGGACUUAAACCGGUCCAUAUCCGUUAUCUCACGCGACCGGUAGACCUCGUCAUCAUCCAGCAUACAGUGACCCCCACGUGUGCAACCGACGACGACUGUGCAGAGAUAGUGAGAAACAUCCAAACAAAUCAAAUGGACAACUUGAAUUUCUGGGAUAUUGGACAAUCAUUCCUCAUCGGCGGCAAUGGCAAGGUAUACGAAGGUCCGGGAUGGCUGCACGCGGGGGCUCAUACAUACGGGUACAACACUAAAUCCAUCGGCAUCUCCUUCAUAGGAAACUUUAAUAAAGACCAGCCUACUGCUCAAGCCCUCAAUGCUGCGAAGGCGCUAAUCAAGUGCGGCGUUGAACUUGGUCAUUUGGCAUCAAACUACCACGUAGUGGCACAUCGUCAGCUCAUAGCCACUGAGAGUCCGGGAAGAAAGCUUUACAAUGAGAUAAGAAGUUGGCCGGACUGGACAGAAGAUGUCACUUCUAUUAAGAACUAAACGAAACGCUAUUAGCUACAUACAAGAAGCAAUAAUAACUGUUUUUUACAACUGUUAUAUGAAUAACUUGCAACAGUUGUGUAUUUAAAAACUGUAGUACUUGCUCACCUAUUAAAUAAACUUUUAACGAUUA